UCAGGAUAUACCAUCAACUUCUCCAAACAUCCCAAUGCACGGUUAUUAUGGACCCCCAUCCGCAGACAUACUAUCAACUUCUCCAAACAUCCCAAUGCACGGUUACUAUGGACCAGUGCCUGCGUGGUCACCGGGUUUUCUCCCAUUUCCCGCUGUCAACCAAUAUCCAAGCAAUGUACAGAAUGCUAGUUACACAUUUCAACAUGGCAUGGAAGGCCAGUUGUCUCUCAGCAAUACCUCCGUUACAAGCAGAUUUCUGGAUACGGAGGAUAAUACACCCUCAAUUAGGGAAACUGAAUCGCCAGCUACAUUUUCCAUAGUUGAAGAAAUUCAUCCUGAUAGACCAGAUGCAGAAGAAAUCGAGUGUGGUAGUGCUGGAACAUCAUAG